AAGGUUCUCGUCAGAACCAAACGUUUUUCGACUGCUUCAGUUGAUUUCGGGACUCGAGUGCGAAAGGACGGUUGAAAGGAUACGACUGGCAGUGCUGAUUUCAGUGGUUUUCCAUUUGAAUCUCAGAGAAUAAUUUUCAUCUGCAAGGAAUUUAUUUUUAGAAUAACAAUGAGAAACCGGGAGAUUAUUCUUUUGCAAAUAAUCACUAUUUUUCUGCUGUCCACCAAAUCCGCUCUCGCAAUUAAGUGCUACAAUUGUGACUCAUCGAAAAACGUGGAGUGUACAGAUGUUAGUUCAUCGAAUACAAUUUUGCCUGAGAUCUGCACUCCUCAAAUUCUCUCCUCCACGGAUCCCAAUGCCAGCAGUUGGCUGCAGAAGCUCAUAAGGAUUGAAUUCUUGUCUCAAAGCUCCUACAAUGUUGCUAUGCUGUGUCAGAAAAUUACGGUUGUUAAUGAACGAGACCCUAACGAUCGCAUCACUGUGCGAAGCUGCCAACUGGAUGGCGCUCAGACGAACCCAUGUAGCGUGGCUGAAGACAAGAUAAGGGAUCAGCAGAUCAGAGGUUACCGAAUUGAGCACUGUUCCAUUUGCAACCGCGACAAUUGCAACGGCGCUAUGGGAAUGGCCAAGAUGUGGUCUCCAGUGGGCGUCAUUCUGACCAUUAUCGUGUCUACCCGACUGCAUCUGUGGUAAAGUGAGAAAAACACAUGUCUCAAGUUCUGAUUAAUUGUGGCAAGAAGGAAGAGAGCCAGAGGCGAGCUGGCCCAGGAACAAACAUUCUCAACUCCCUGUCAUCAAUAACCCAACAAAUUGCCACCCAAAACCCAAUUUGAAAUAUGAAUCCUUCGCUGUGCACAGUACAUUUUCGCCAUAGUCUCUGAAAGAAUCCCAGAGUUGAGAGUGUUUGGCUCAUUAA